GGUGACACAGUUGGACUGAAACGAGCAGCCGAGUUGAUUGUUCAGUAAAUCCAAGGCACAAGUAAUAAUACCGCAGGAGUUCAUAUCAUGGACUCAACCUGGAGAUUCUGUCUCGCCGGCUGUCUUUUACAAGGUAUUGUUCUAAGUGUUGUUUGCGAUGCCUGGACUGUGACAAUCCCAGAGAAGAUUUCAGCAUUGCAAGGCUCCUGUGUGGUCAUUCCCUGCAAUUUCUCUUAUUCUUCUAAUCCACCCCAGUCUUUCGUAGUGGUUUGGUACCAGUAUGUGAGCAGGGGAUACCCUGUGGUUUAUGAUGGCAGGAAUCCCAGCAUUGUCAUUGACAAGUUCAGAGGACGUACGGUUUUGGUUGGUGAUGUGCACGCUGGGGAUUGUAGUCUGAAAAUCGACAGUAUAACAAGGAAUGACAACGGUGAAAAACUUUAUUCAUGGAUUGAUCCAGAUCAUAUUUCUUACAGAAUUUACAAAUUUUAUGAUAAAACCGUGGAGCUCGCUGUCUCGGACCAUGCAGAUCCUCCAGAGAUUUCAGUGCUUGGCACAGCGGUCAACGGCAAUUCUGUUAGAGUCACCUGUAGCAUCCUCCACACAUGCCCAGCCUCCCCACCUAAUUUUACCUGGAGCUAUGCUGGUGAUUCAGUCUCUUCCCACCAUGAAUCUCAAUCCAGUGGUAGCUGGAAAUCCACUUCAGUUUUGACAUUGACAACAUCACGCAAUGACGGCGCCAAAGAGCUGACUUGUAAAGUUCAACACCCAGGAGGAAAGACAGCAAGCAGCAUCAAAUUAUAUGCUCCCAAGGUCGUUACUGUUUCCAUGGAUAACAGACCCCUAAAAGAAGGAACCACUGUCAUCUUAACGUGUGUAACUAAUGGAAACCCGGAGCCCCGACACUACCAGUGGCUUCAAAUCCAAGGGAGGAAGACCAUUGACUUAAACAAUGAUGCACAGCAUUUAGAAAUUUCAAAUGUAAGACGAGGCAAUGUCUACAGCUGCACAGCACGCAAUGGGCUUGGAAGCAAGACGUCAGAGCCUGUGACUCUUCCUGUUGAGUAUGCUCCAGAAAUUGACAUGGACUCUCACUGCACCUUCCAAGGAGGAGCAGUCGCUUGCAGCUGCCGUGCUGUCGCCAAACCUCCAGCUUCUAUCAGCUGGAACAUUAAAGGAACUUCAAGCCGAGAGACUUUGAACAUUUCCAGUACAGUCAAUGGAAACGUGGUUACUGGCGUUCUGACAGGGAGUCUGGCAUCUCAGGUCAACAUCUCCUGCUCUGCUACUAACAUGCAUGGGGAUACAUCCUACGAUCUUCCCUUCAUCACAGGCAAUAACACUUUUAGCUAUACAAAUAAUGCAUCACUGUCUGUCAUUCAAGGCAAGUAUAGAACAAACAUGCAUGGCAGACCCCCUUGUAACAAUACUGUGUUAUUCUGUUGGCAUAAGGAUCUUUGUUAUAUUGCAUCCCCCCAGUAUGCAGACGCACAUUCCAAUAAAUAAAUAGAAUAAUGAUAUAAUAUUUAAAAAACUGGACUGAGAUUCCGUAGAAAUAUUAGUGUGACGUCUCCAAAAAGUCGAUAGAACCUUUCAUACAAAAAAGCUAAGAAAACAAAUGCCUGUUAUCCAGUCCUAAAGUUCAUUGCGAAAUCCGACAAGAAUCCUGGACAUAUUUUGUGCAAUUUAUGUGUACUUGCCAGACUAUAUGGCACAAAUACAGAACUUUUCUUGCCCCCCUCAUGAAAUUACUAAAAUAAACUCGAGAAAAAUCCUUUCCAGAUUCGCUCUUUCUGAUAAUUUAGGACGACUCCUUAUAUCACGAAAAACAUGUGUAUGACAGUUAUUGAAGUUUUUAAAAUCUUAAAUGGAAUUGACAAAGUUAACCUGAACCAAUACUUUAAGCGCAGCACAAAAGCCGCCAGAGGACACAGCUGGAAAUUUAAAUAGACAGACUUUUAGGACAGAGAAAAGGAGACGCUUCUUCACGCAGAGUAAAA